AUGUCUGCUACUCAGAGGGUUUUGAGGUCAGUACAAGGUCAAGUGAAACCGAUUCUAUCUCUGAACCAUGAGGAUGCCAGAAGAAGGACAAUCAAUUUGUAUCGUGCAUGGUAUCGUCAAACACCUUAUUUAAUUCAUGAUUGGAAUUUACCAUUAACUGUACCACAAAUUCACGAUAAAUUGAGGGAGAAAUUUCGUCAGAAUAAAAAUGUCACUGAUUUAAGGGUAAUUGAUAUGCUACUGAUUAGAGGACAUCUUGAACUUCAGGAAAUAAUUGAUGGUAUUUCUCAAGGAUUUCAUAUAUACAAAUAUUUUAAAGAAGAUUAUGUUCAACCCAAACCUCGGGAUUUCAUGUCAAAAUUUCUAUCUGGUAAAACGGAUUAA